AUGAUGGCAGGUGUCAUGCAGAAGGCGGCACUCUGUGGCGGUCUCGCGCGGUAUCUCGAUAACGCCGCACUGUCCGACUACACGAUCGUUUGCAACGACAAGCAGUGGGAAGUGCACCGACUAGUCCUCUCGCUCCAUUCGGCAGUGUUCGCGAAAGCCUGCGACGGACAGUUGGCAGAGGCCAAAGACAUGAAGUACGAUCUUUCAAGCUAUGGCAAGAACGAGGUUGAGGCACUCAUCAAGUACCUCUACACUUUCGACUAUACUGUUGAGGGGAAGGAGGUUCGUGAGCAUCUGUUACUCCACGUAAGCAUGUGCUGCAUUGCGGACAAGUACGAUAUCACGCCUCUGCGCCAGCUCACUGUGGGCAAGUUCAAGGACACCAUCUUGAACGUCAAGGCUUCGAAUGAGCUAGUCGGUGCAAUCGAGAUAGCUUACGGUUUCUAUGGUGCUACCGCAGAUAUCCGCGACAGCAUGGUCCAACUUCUAGCCGAGCGCUUCAGUUUCCUGGACGAUGUGCCAGGGAAUAAAGCGCUACUUGAAGCCAUGCAAUCACAUCCUAACCUGGCCAUCGAAGUCGUCAGAGCAACAACCAAAAAGUAUGCACGUGGGCUCACGCCAGUGAAUGGUCAGGGCCCCGUCUUCCAAUGCCCCCAAAAAGCAUGCAGAGCUAUCUUCCAGGAUCCUGACAUCAAGGCGGGCUAUCCGUUCUACAAAUGUCCGCAGUGCUCGGUCAGCCAGUCCGGAACUAUGUGGCACAAGUAUUACGCACUGGCGUGA